AUCGAACAUCGGCAGAGCAGCCUUAUUAUUGAUAUUGCCUUCAAGGGAGUGAUCGGCUGCACAAUGGCUUCAAAGCGCGCAAUUACAUCUUUCUUCUCACCUAAGGGCGUCGCAUGUGCCCCGCGGGCAGUUUCGCGGGCAUCACCCCUCCGCCUCGCCGCCAUACGCUCCCAGCCGCAGGCUGUCCCGCGAGCAAGUCUCCAAACGCGAGUCAUCCCCCAAAUCCGCCUCUUCUCCGGUUCCACCGCCCGGUUCAACGCUCCCAGCAAUUCCAGCGCAAAAGAUCAACCCCAAUUCAAGCAAUGGAACUUCGACGACAUAACUUCCCAAAUCACCAAGCCUACCAGCAAACCUACCAUCUUCAUCGAUGUUCGCGAACCCAAGGAGCUCGUAUCCACCGGCAUAAUCCCUUCCUCCCUCUCGAUCCCACUCAACUCCCAACCCGACGCUCUCUUCCUUACCCCCGAUGAAUUUCUCACCCGCUUCGGCUUCUCCAAACCAGGAAUCCCGCAAGCCACAUCCAACGGCGCUAGCACUGAUGCGCACGCGGCAGAUGCCGAUAUUGUGUUUUACUGCCGGGCUGGAGUGCGCGCGCGGGCGGCGGCGGAAUUGGCGGUGCAGGCAGGGUACGAUAGGUCGAGAAUUGGGGUGUAUGAUGGGUCGUGGUUGGAUUGGGAGAAAAAGGGAGGGAAGGUGGAGAAAUUGGAAGGGCAAGGAGAGUGAAUGAGUUAUUUAUCGUGAGGUGCGGAGAACGGCUUCUUCAAGGACGAGGUCUUAAAGUCCAUGUAUUGUGGGUACAGUAUGUACGGAGUAUAUAGGAUAGGAGGCAGGUGGGUGUUGCGACGGUUACGUUGGCCGAAGAGUUUUGUAUAUACGGUGGAAU